AUGCGCCCUGGCAUGCCGAUUCCCGUGGGCGACGAGGAUGACUCUGACAGGGAUUCCUUCCUGGAGAUACCCCGUGAAGCUGGUGGUGCAGGUGGGCAGGUGGAGGCAGGCGCUCUUCAUAAUAGCGAUGAUGAUAAUGAUGAUGUUGAUAAUAAUGAUGAGGCUAAUAAUGAUGCUGAUAAUAGGGAUGAGGAUAGUGAUGAUGUUGCUAAUAGUGAUACUGAUAAUGAUGAUGUUGAUAAUAGGUAUGAGAUUUCUAGUCCUAACCCUGAUUAUUUUUGUAGCUGUGAGAUCACUUCUAUGGGAAAGGAGACAGAUAAUCCAGGGGCUUCCAGAUUAAGUCCUUCUUAUGAGACAGAUCCAUCGGAGAAUGCUAUUGAGAAUCUAUCGGAAGUUAUGUCCUCUAUAGAGACAAACCCGUCUGAGAUUCAAGAAGAACUAGCCGAACAGGUGAAGGAUAGAUUUGGGACUCUUACAAUUAUAGAGGAAACUCUGCUGAAAUUUCCUGAGGACUUAAGGGGAAUUGUGGAAAACCUUUAA